UCGAGGACCGGAUACAACAACAACAACAAUGACGACGGUGGACAUAUCGAUUUAUAAACAAAUUCGAAAGCUAAGGAAGAAGUUGAGACAAAUCGAACAUUUAGAGAGCAUUGACCGAGACCUUUCAAAUGAGGAGGUGGUUAAGUGCAUGAAGAAAGAUUCAAUCAGGGAAGAGCUGCUUGACUUACUGCAGGACUACAAUGCAGACAAUGUUAGCCCAGUGGGAGAAUCAGACUUCGACUCUACAAGGUCAACCAUCAAUGUCAGUAGCUGUGAUCACAAUGCCCUAGUUACACAUGUUACCAGUCCACAAGAUCGGGAAUCAGAUCCUGGUCUGAUUGAGCUAACAGAGGAAGCUGCUGUAGACAAUUCAGGAGAACAAGAACCUAAUUUUAACAGUAAUGCUGAUGCUGACAAAAGUUGGGGUGAUGCUCCUAUCCUAGUCAAUGUUAAAGAUGAAAACAAUGGUGAUGAUAGUGGACAACAACAAACAACAGCUGUCACAGGAUCCUUAUCCCCUGCUAGACCUGAGCAGAAGAGACCCAGCAGUUUAUCACCAACCAAGAAACCAAAAGACAGCUCAGCUAAACCACAGAAGAGUGUGGCAGAGAAAUGGAGAAGUUCAAUAUUCAGCGUGACGGCCCUGGAAGGUCACAAUGACAUCACCUUGGCAACAGACAUGUGUGACAAGCUCGUUGUGUCAGCUAGCCGUGACACGACUGUGAAGAUCUGGUGCAUGGACAGUCUAAGGGAACUGAAAAGUCUUGGGGGACACACGGGCUCUGUCACUGAUGUCCUUGUGAAACCAUACAAGGAGGUGCCCAACUUGGGGUCUGCAUUUGAGGUUUCUGAUAGUGACCAUUUAGUUUUCAGUGUUUCAACAGACUGUUAUCUCAAAGUAUGGUCUGCAGACACUGGUGAGCAGUUGCAAUCCAUUUACACAUACAGCCCUAUCACCAAGGUGUGUUACUACCCAGAGGACGGAUUGAUCAUCACAGCCUCAGGAGGUGGCAAGGUGGAACUCUGGGAUGUGGUGACCAAGGAGAUGGUAGCAUCAGAACACGCACAUACUGAGGCUGUCACUGGAGUGUAUGUAUCUGGGAAGACCAUAUGUUCCUCCUGUGGUAUUGUCGGGGAGAUCAAGGUGUUUGAAGUGCGAGACAGGAAACUCCACUGCGUGUUUGUGUCAGAGAACAUGAAAGAUGCAGCCGGACACGCCGUACCCAUGAGACAUGUGCGAUCACUUCUUGGCAGUGGAGACAACCUGUACUAUGGUGAUGAUGGCGUGAAUGUUAAGAUAAUGUCUUGGAGACAAGGUCUAGUGAAGAAGCUAUCCAACCACAAGGGUGAGUGCGGUAUGACUUAUGCCCUAUGCCAGUGUGGGGACAUCAUGCUAACGUCUGCCUAUGACCUGGACACCGGCAGAGGAUAUCUUAAUGUGUUUGACAUCUCUAAAGAAGCCGUCUAUUUGGCAACUAUCGAUGACGGGGAGACAGGCAGAAUUCUUGACAUUUGUUGCCAUGCAGCAGAGGAAGGAGUCAUCACCAUAGUGACAGCAGGGGUAGAUCUUCUUGUGUGGAGAAAGGUUGCAAAGAAAAGUGGUACAAAUGAUGUCCAAGCCAGGGUUAUCCCACAACUUACCCAGUUUGCCCAGAACUCAGACCUCGAGUCCGAGACGGAAUUCUCCGAGACCGAAGACGAGGCCAGUAGCCAUUCUGGUUCCCGGCGCACCAGUGUGCAAGGUCAAGGCCAGGGCUGGAUGUCCUGGUGUUCAUUGGUCUGAGCCAACCAUCUUGACCGCAUUGACAUGGACCUAACAUGCUUUUUUUAGGCUCCAGUGUACAUGCAAUUGCUUGUAUCAUACCAGGGAACUAUCUUUGCCACAUUCACAUGGGCCUAGCAUGUAUAAGAGACCCUAUGCCAACUUCUUUUUGUGUUAUCUUUGGCUUAUUCAGUUUGUAUUGAAAAUUAAAUUAAAGAUGUUCUUUAGGAUUCAAUUGCAUUCUGAUGUUUAUUUUUAUAAAUAAAUUUAGUAUUAAUAGUUUGUAUCAUAUAUAAGUGAUUUUCUGUAAGAAAUAUGGUACAACAAAAUUCUGUUUAAAAAAAUAUCUAGAAAAGUAUCCAUAUUUGUGCAGUUAUUUUGAAAUUUUAUGGAUGUUUAAAUGGGCAUUAAAACUAGGCAAAGUUCUUGCAUAAAAACUAUGUCAAGUUUUUGAGUAAUUGUUAAUGUGCAUGUGGUAAUACCCCUCAGUUAAUAUCACUGUCAGAGGUCAGAGCCAUUUAUUUGUGUUUACUGAUUUUGCGAGGUGUGAUACUAAAUUUAUCAAGUUCAAAGUGCUGAAAGUUAUGGUGCUACCUUUGUUAAACAAUUGAAAAAAGUGGUAUGUUGAAAAAUUCUUUAAAUUGCUCAAUUCUUAUGCAUCCUAUUAUCAAGGACAAGUCAUAACUAAUUAAAAAGGGAUUUCUAGUAAUGGGCAGUAAAGUUAUGCUUUUGUUUUGUGUAAAAUGAUGUUAUGAUCAUCAUUUAACUAUUUUGUUGUUCUUUCAAACUGUGGUAUAUCUUUUUUGUUGCUAUUGGUAAAGGUGAACAACUUUUUCUUGAAAUAAUGAUGUGCAAUGUAUGACUAUCACAUGCUUUUGUAUUUUGUUAACCAUUGACUAAAUGUCAUUAUGGUCAUUAGAGCAUAAUACAUGUAAUCAUUUUAAGGUAAUUAUAUUAUAGUUUAUAGUAUUACAUGUAUAUGAAUAUUGCAAGCAUUUUGGUGGUUUACCACCCCUUAAUUCAUUAUUAAAUAUUUCAAAUAAAUUUUGAAUGUGUGUCAUUUUGCAUUCAUUUCUUAAAGGUUUGUCAAGUGACUAUUCGCCAUUGCUUUAUAAUUGUUUAUAAUUAUUUACUUCAUUUCCAUCAGCAUUAUGUUAUUAUUAAUAUAGUCAAAGUGUGAGUUUACACUUAAAAGGUCUUAAAUCAGUAUGUUGUAUGGGUUUGAAGGAAAAGAUUGUGAAUGUUAUGCUUGUUUAUAUGUUCAGGUUUCAUGCUGUUUGCUGCUUAUCAGUCUUAGGGUUGGAAAUAAAGCCUUUAAAACUUACAUUUCGUAAGAAAGGUCUAUUAUUAAAUGUUUCUUUCUAAGGGACUGCAAAUGCGUUCAAAUACGUAUUCAAGUGGUUAAGGUUUAAAUUGAUUAUUAACACCAACCAUGUCAACAACUUGACACUUAUAAAUUAACAGAAUGCAUUAAUUUUUAAUGAAAUGCCGAUUUUCUUGAAAAAUGCUUAUACAGUAGACUGCCAAUACCGGACUCUUGGAAUACCGGAACUCUCCCGAUUCCGGACGGUCGGGCCAGUCCCGUAUUUUCUCCUUCUCUUUCUUUGUUAAAAAAUGUUGAAUAUACCGAACUCUCUGAAAACCGGAAACCGGACGGGUAUCUCCGUAAAUUUUGUCAUUUUCAACGUAAAAUACAUUGAGUAUACCGGACGGUCUAAAUUCUCAAGAUGCCCGAGGCGUGAAAAUAACAAUAUCUAGUCGGCAAAGCGAGUUCGGUGUCACAUUUUGCUCGCGCAAUUAUCGAUAAUCGGAUUAAACAAACCAUAAAGGUGUCAAGUCGUUACCGCGCUAUGGGAUUCCGAUUAAGUAAUGUAAACAAACUGUGGAUGUCUAUAAUAGACGUGCGGAAACACCAAAAAGUGAUUGACUCGAUCGUUUUAUUAAUUAUUUUUUAUCGCCUAUGAUAAACAAUUUAAUUAAGAAAUUAAUGCAUGCCGUUGCGACGAUCACUUUCUUGUGAUCUUCUCGGGUAUUUUAAAAGAUCUUAUAGCCAUGUUUUUAACGCUGAAAUGGUUGUUUGUUUGCUUGUCAGAUAAACUGUUAGAAAUAUGACUGUUAAAUAUACAUCCAUCUGUAUUUGCUUUUAAUCGAUUAAAAACACAUUUUUUAAGAAUGCAAUUAACAUCAUCAGUACCUGCGUACAGUUAUCACAUGGUACAUGUAAAUGUAUACGGUUUGUUUUAUUUUUAUGUGAUUCUGUACACAAUGAAUGCCGUGUAUAUUUCGGCAAUAUGAAAACUCUUGGUAAACCGGAACUCUCUGAAAACCGGACGAUUAGGCCGGUCCCGAGACCGUCCGGUUUACAGAGAGUCUACUGUAUCUUUACAUGGCCCUUAAUUUUAAUAUGAAAAGUUUUUGCAAGCCACAGUGUUUCAGUGCUAAACCCUUUAUAUUCUUGUUGUAUCAGAAGUCGAGAAAUACUUACAUUGUGUACAUAAAACAACGAAGGGUUGUUCACAGGCCAAUAAAUAACAAUUAUGCAAAAAUCAUUUUGCCUCUAACAAAUAGAAAUAAUUUGCCUAUGGAAAGUACAUACUUUUUACUGUAUUGCAUAUCCGUUUUUCUUUUGAAUAUUUGUAUUGUUUUUUUUUUAUAUAUAAUAUAUUUACUAGUAUCGUGUUAAUUUAUAUUAAAACAAAGAUAGCAAUUCUAUUGUAUGCAAAACCUAAUGUAAGAAAAUUAUUAGUGGAUUUACCAUUUACAGACCAUAUAUUAACCCUUUCCGUGCUGGAACCGAAUUUUGAAAGCCUUUGCAAACAGUUUGGAUCCAGAUGAGACGCCACAGAACGUGGCGUCUCAUCAGGAUCCAAACUGUUUGCUAUUCUGAUAUUAUUUUUUCAAAAAAAUCAAAGAAAAUGCUCUUUUUAGAAAUUCAGUAGAUAACAUUUUUGCAGACGACAAAUUUCCCAGCAUGCAAAGGGUUAACCCUUUCCUUCUCAGAAGUGAAAAUGGCUCUAUGCAAACAGCAUAAAACCAGAACAUCCUGUGAGUAACUCGCAGUCUGUUCAGGUUUUAUGCUGUUUGCUGCUCAUCAUUUUCUAAAGGUUGAAAAUGAAGCCUUUAAAACUUGAAUCUAGUAAGAAAGGUCUUAAGUUAUAUUUAACUUUCUAAGGGACUGCAAAUGUGUAAAAAUAUGUAUCUAAGUGGUAAAGGGUUAAAGAUAAUAUGUAACAGUGUUUUUAUUUUUCAGUUGUUAUUUUAUAUUACUUUAUUACUGCUCACUUCAUGGAGAGCCUGAUAUGUGCGUAAAUUUGAUUCUUGUUAAAACUGUUUACAUAACUAUGCAUAUAUUAUUGCUGUCUGCAUUUGAUUUCAGGCAUUUCAUUUAAUCAAUUCUCAUAAAGCUGCAAAUAAAUUGUAAGAUACAUGUUUAUUUUUGUAUUAAAUACAGAGCAUGUUGAAUGUGAAUGGAAUGGUGAUAUAUUGAUUUAUUUAUGAAGUCAGUUAAUACAUAAAUCGCUAAAUUAUGAA